AUGAGUAGAGUGUGUUAUUUCUAUGAUCAAAAUGUAGGAGAAUUUGAUUAUGGAUUUGGACAUCCAAUGAAACCAUUAAGAAAUAAAUUAGUACAUCAUUUAAUUAUGGAAUAUGGAAUAUAUAAACGAUUAAAUAUUUAUAAACCAUGGAGAGCAACAAAUGAACAAAUGGAAAUGUUUCAUUCUAAAGAAUAUAUUGAUUUUUUACAAAGAGUUACACCAGAAAUGGCAUUACAACCUCAUUUUAAAAAAUCAUUAGAAGAAUUUAAUUUUACAGAUGAUUGUCCAGUUUUUGAAGGAUUAUAUCCAUUUGUUCAAACAGUUGUAGGAAGUUCAUUAGGAUGUGCUAUGAAAAAAUUAUGA